GUCACGUGACUGGCGACAGAAACCUAAGUUUUCUUCAGAAAUGAAAUCGAAACUUAACCCUUUUUGUGGAGGACAGUUUCAUUUUUAUUACAUUAACAACCCCGCGGAUUUUCCCUUCAUCAUUGCCGUGUAACAGUGUACUAACGCAUCUUGCAGCAGGUUUUAUAAGCGCGCAAACCUCUCCGGUGUUUAUCUUUGUGCUGCGAGCAGGACCUGAUCACCCAAAACCGGAAGACCCUGCAUUUUGGACAACACCUUCAGCACUACAUAGAUUUGUGAUCAUUUUUUUUCACCCAUUCUACCACGGGUUCCGUCUUUAUUCUUGCAUUAAUCUGUAACGUGUCUGUGAAGGUUCUUAGUUGACCUUAGAACUAAAGAAGCUUCUCGGAUGAGAGGUGAAACGUCUUCAAGUAACUUAAAGAAGUCCAGACGCUUUUCUUUGCAAGCUCCUUUGAUUAAUCUGUAACGUUUAUUUUAUUGUUAUAAUUAUUAUUACCUUAUUUACAUGGGAUCGAGUCUUGGAUUAGUCGCCUUUAGGAAUCUGCAAAAGGUCUCUCAGCAUGCAACUGGCCUGCCGUGACUCCUGAUCAGGGCAUUCUGUUUGCGCUAGAGGACAUACACUAAUACAGAAGCUGCACAGCCGGCAGCAUCGGCCCCCUUCACGCUCAACCCCUGCGCUAUGAGCAGAGGUAGAGGAGGGCCUUCCAAAGAACAUUACUACAGGCAUCCACAACCCCGCGUGCAGGAAAGGGAUAACAUCUAUAGACCUGGCCCAGGUGUAUUCUAUCCCAGAGCUGGGCCACAGCAGAUCGCACAUCCAAGUUACUACGACGGUCCUACCCACCCUGAAGCACACAUACAGCCCUCAUCUCCCCUAAUCCCUUCUACCCCCCCUACACCAAGCCACAUUAAAGUGGUCCCAAACUCUGUAACCCAUAAUAGCUUGUACAGCCCGAAUCACGGUGCAGGUCCAAGCCCUAAUUCCUUUUAUGACAAACAAAGAGAGUUCCUGACAGGACGGAUCUCUGAGGCUCCACAGUUUAGAGCCACUGUGAGUGGAGGAGGAGGAGGAGGAUUUGUACCCAACAGGUCACAUAGUACUAUAUACCAGCCUCAGUCAGGAUACUGUAGAUAUCCAAACAGCAGCCCUUGGGGUAGAGGGGCUAGCCAAGACUGGAGACCAUACCGACCUGGUGCAGGAGCUUCAAGAGGUAACCUAGCACCUCGACACUUGAAUCAAAACCAGUUCCAAGGUAAAAACCAUAACCAACACUCCAGUAGACAAUGGCGCACCCAAACAGAUUCACUCUGUGACCAAUUUCAGGGUUUGUUGCUCAAAGACAGGCCCAACAGAGGAGGAGAAAGGUUUGACAAACAUUCUUCAUCCAGCAGCACAGGAAAUUUAAGUUUUUGUAAACCUAACAUCACUCUCACAACUCAAAUACAGGGCGAGGUACAUGAGGCUUUGGCUGCGUUGAAGCCAGGUGAAAGUAUUUCUGCUAAAGUGUUAGCCAGAAAACUGCAUCUUCCCAAAAAGGUAGUCAACAAGGCUCUGUACUCUUUGGAACACUUACAGAAAGCUUCCAAGCAAGGAUUAACCCCUCCUGAGUGGACACUAUACAGAGAACCUCUCAGAGUCGAGGAAGACCAAAGCACAAAGUAUCACGUACAAAAUCAACCUCCUUAUUCGUUAGCUAGUUCAGAACCCCCACAAAAACCUGAAGCAAAGGUUGAAACAGAAACCGAAGAGGAAGUCCAGGCCAAAGAAGAGGACUCUGACACAGAAUCAAGUUCUUCAUAUUCCUCCUCUUUAGAGUUUUCUGACUCUGAAGAUUCCCAGUCAUCAGCAAAAGGUCAACACCACAAGAAGCAACAUCCCAGCACUUCCAGCUCUCCCGAUCAGGACAUUAAAGGUGCUGUGAUGGCAGAACAGAAGGAACAAAUUUUUAAAUACCUUCUUCAAUCAAGGGAGGCAACAGCUCUUAACAUAGCGAAAAAUAUUGGACUCAAGACUGCUAAGCAGGUCAAUUCUACUCUGUACGCCCUAGAAAAGCAAGGUGAAGUCGUUAGGAAUGUUGAAGUCAACCCUCCUACAUGGGAGCUCUCCACCCACCGCCGAGAGAGAAUGGAGAGGAGUCUCAAAGCUGCACAGAGCAACCCGGCUGUCCUGGUUAAAAUGGAAGUAGAAGAGGAGGAAGUGAGUGCCAUCUUUUCCCCAUCACCGCUACCACCAUUACCAGGCCUUGAGGUACUUACGGGGGGUUGGAUACCAGACCAAAUUCUUAGUGAAGCGCCCCUUUCCUCUGCCUCAUGUAAAAGCGAAAACGCCAAUGAAGGACAGUGGUCCACUGAUGACAUCCCUGAAUUCCUCAAUGCUAUUCGCAGAGAGACGGAUGCUGAAAAAAAGGCAGCCGAGAAAACCAAUGCCAUGGGGACUGUAGCUGUCUCAGUGGCUGCCCCGCCUCCCCAGAAUCUGUGGGCUAAAUUACAGGAGGUAAGGUUGAAGAACCCUGUGAGCGGUCUCAUGGAGUAUGCCCAGUAUCUGGGCCAGAACUGCGAGUUCCUGCUGCUGGACCAGUCAGGACCCUCCCACGAUCCUAGAUUUCGUAUGCAGGUGAUGCUCAACGGGAGGCUGUUUCCUGUCGCGGAAGCUUCUAGUAAGAAAGUUGCAAAAAAGGAUGCUGCUGCAGCCACACUGCGAAUCCUUGUCAAAGAGAUGCAGGGGGGGACGUGCACCGCCGAUGAGGAAAAUACUGGCAAUGUGGACCAGGUGAUGGAGCUACCUCCAGACACCAGUGGGCCUGCUGAAAGCACAGGGGGGAUUUUGGGGUCUGGCGGUGUGGAAGGGACGGCAGAGGGACCUCGCCAACCCCUGUCCCGCUCUCUGCCUGGUGGCAAGAAUCCGGUGUCUGUCCUUAUGGAGUACAGCCAGCGCAGUGGGAAGCCCAUCGAGUUCAUCAACACUGGGCAGGCGGGUCCACCGCAUGAUCCAAGGUUCAUGUACAGGGUGAAGGUGGGAGAGAGCUUGUUUGCAGAGGCCUCAGCUCCAAACAAGAAGGCAGCUCGCCAGCUGGCAGCAGAGGAGGCUGUCAAAGAAUUAAUGGCUGAUGGGAAACUGCAGCUCAACAAGCCUCAGUUGCCCCUGGGUCCUUCCAGUGGCAGUGAUGAGAGUUUUUCUGGGGCAACAUGCCCCAGUUUACCUCCACUUACUGCAGAUGAGUUGCGAGCAGCCCACGAGGCAGGGGUCGGGGACCUCAUCAACCACCUGAACAACAAUGCAGUGUCGGGUCUUCUGGAGUAUGCCAGAGCCCGUGGCUUUGCUGCCGAAAUCCGCCUUGUGGGCCAGUCUGGACCGCCACAUGACCCUAAGUUCACCUACCAGGCCAAGCUCGGCGGACGCUGGUUCCCUCCCGUCUGUGCGUCCAACAAGAAGCAGGGAAAGCAGGAAGCAGCUGAUGCUGCACUGCGCGUUCUGAUUGGAGAAGCUGAGAGAGCAGCCCGCACUGGGGAGCUUACACCAGCCGAGUUACCAGUGAGCGGCAGCACACUGCACGAUCAGAUAGCAAUGUUGAGUCACCAGCGCUUCAACGCUCUGACCACACGGAUCCAGCACUGCCUUCUGGGACGCAAGAUUCUGGCCACGAUCAUCAUGAGGAGGGGGGAGGGCCUGGGGACUGUUGUCAGCCUUGGAACUGGAAAUCGCUGUGUUAAAGGGGAGGAGCUGAGCCUUAAAGGAGAGACUGUUAAUGACUGCCAUGCAGAAAUCAUCUCCAGGAGAGGAUUUAUUCGGUUUCUGUACAGUGAGCUGCUCAAGCACUAUGAAGGUGCAGACGAUAGUAUAUUUGAACCGGCGGAGAAUAACAAACUACGGAUCAAAUCUGACAUCACCUUUCACCUCUACAUUAGUACGGCACCAUGUGGGGAUGGUGCUCUGUUUGAUAAGUCAUGCAGUGAGGCGGGGGAUGAAGCUCAAGGCCACCAGCCUCUAUUUGAGAAUGCUAAGCAGGGCAAGCUUCGCACUAAAGUGGAGAAUGGUGAGGGCACCAUCCCUGUGGAGUCAAGUGCCAUUGUACCCACCUGGGAUGGCAUCCAGCACGGUGAAAGGCUGAGGACAAUGAGCUGCAGUGAUAAGAUCCUGCGCUGGAAUGUGAUAGGCCUACAGGGGGCACUGCUUACCCAUUUCCUGGAUCCCAUCUACCUGAAGUCCAUCACACUUGGCUAUUUGUACAGCCACGGUCACCUGACACGCGCCGUUUGCUGUCGGUUGGCCAGAGACGGCGAGGCUUUCACGCAAAGUCUCCCCGCUCCCUUCAAGCUGAACCACCCUGAGGUCGGCAGGGUGAGUGUGUAUGAUUCCACACGUCACACAGGCAAGACCAAGGAGUCCAGUGUGAACUGGAGCUUUCCAGACCAGCACAGUGUUGAAGUGCUGGACGGGACCAAAGGAAAAGUAGAUGGGACCAAACUGGCCGUGUCCCGCGUGUCCAAGUCCAAUCUAUUCCAUCUUUUCCGCUCCCUGUGCCAGCGAAGCGGUCGCACUGACCUCCUCUCCCUGCCCUCCUACGCUCAGGCAAAGAUGUCUGCUGUGUCCUUCCAGCAAGCCAAGCAACAGUUUUUCCAAGCUCUCAGCGCCCACGGCUACGGAGCCUGGAUCGGAAAACCCCUGGAAGAAAAGAGCUUCGAGGCUGGGGAGGGAAACAGGAACAAUGGGGCACCUGUGGGAAACAGCAACAAUGUAGGAGCAGUGGAGGCGUAGAACUGUUGUGUCGAGUGCUUUAUAAAAUAAUACCACUGGGUGCAGGGAGAAAAGCUCAAAGUGCAAACGGGUUAAAGACAAAAGGAUAAUCAAACAAUGUGACGACGCUAGUGCCCCAAACUAUGGAAAGACUAAAGAGAGAGUGAAAGAAAGGGACACAAGAAGUGAGUGGAAUAGGUCAAGGAGGGCAAACCCUAAAGGAUGAGUGAGUCCACAGCUGACAAGACAGAGCUCCGCGGGGUGUACAGAAUAUUGUAGACACUACAUGCAAAAGGAUUAGUCUGAAGUCAGUAAACCAACAUGGCAGGCACUGCUCGGAAGCUCAGACAGUUUCAGUUUUUCUUUGUCACCGUUUGGCAUUUGUGGUUCUUGCUUUCCUAUUGUACUACUUGAUGUUCCCGUUGCAAAUGUCUGCACCCAAAUCACUUGUUCUCUCUGCAGAGGAGAGAAACUGCUUAUUGGAAUUCAGCCUGGUGUGACCAGUGCCAUGUAGCAGUGUUUGUAAUUGUGAUUAAUUUACUUUGCAGUGGAAGUCUUCUGUCAUGAAGUAUUCCCCCCCCCCCCGGGUUCAUUAUGCUUUUAUUGUGUUUUUUUUUUCUUUUGAAACUGCAUUGAUUUAAUUUUGAUGUCAAAAGGAAAAUUACAAGAAUGUACAUAAGAAAAUCAUUAAUGUUCAUUGUUCAACAUUUCAGUCUUUAAUUCCCGUACAUGCUUUAAAGUCUUCAGUCAGACUUAUUUUUAGUUAAACAUGCUGAUCGUACGUCUGCCGGCUGUUGUUGCAGCUUUUUGUCUUUUUUUUCUUGCGUUUUGAGUAUUUCUCUUCCUCCUGAACCCCCGACCCUCUUCUGUCAAAGUGUUCAUCAGUAGCUGGGUGUGUUUUUAAAUCCUGGGAAGCCUCACGUGUCCUGCCUGUGGGGAAAGCCACCUUAUAUUUUUGAAAAUAUAAAUCUAAAUAAACAAACGUUUGAAGCUCUG